AUGAUCGUCUCCGGCACAAGAGAUCCCGGACCUCCAUUUGAGGGCGAGCCCGUUUUCUUGAAUCCGACUCCAGUUAUCGAGGCCCCAGCUCCAGCUCAAUUUGGCCUCGGGUACUUUGGUCCUACGUCCGUUGGUCCUGUUUCUUAUGACCCUUUCUUAUACAGACCGCCGCCAGUUUACCCCGUUUGGUUUGACCUUUAUCUGUCGGGCCCUCCUCCCCCAUAUGGCCCGCCGAUCGUAGAUUCCUCGCCUCCUGGCUCUGAAUCCUUUGCCCCAGCUCCUUUGAACAAUGCUUGUACCAGCCUGAGUCCUUUCAUGGCAGCCUGUUACCCUAGCGAGCCUAGGGAUAUUCCAGAGAGCAAAUCCCGCGAGUGCCUUGUCGCGUAUCGCAAAUAUAUGAACUGGCUUCACACGGUGUAUUACUCGUCGAAUUCACCCAACGCCUUUGUGCAAGCCUGGAACCAAGCACUCAAAGAGAUGAAGGAGGCCUUUGGACGUCCGCAUAUCCCCACAGUUUUCCUCCUCUGUCAGUUCCUUGCUGCGGUCAGUGUGAACCACAACACCAUUCCAUGGGUUGAUUCGCUCAUGUUUGAGAAAGGUUCUCUCCCGGCAUCGAUACUCGAUGAAGCCUUUGACGAUUUCCUGGAGUUUGAGGCACAUCGACUGGAAAACCAAACGUCAACCCUAGGUAGCCAAGAUACUUCUGUUGCCAACUUGGAGCAAACUGAAAGUUUUCCCAAGCAAUACUGUCCCUUCCACCAGCGUCUGACCAGACAUCCCGUUGAGGAAUGCUUUCAAAACCCGCAGAACACGAAGCGUAAGCGCAAGUGGAGGCGAAAACAGGCCCGAUUGGCAGCGGCUCUUGAAGCCGAGAAAGAGAGGCUUAGCAGCUCUCAGAUGAACUGA